AUGCUUGUGUCUAAAUCCAUACAGGCAAGGCUCAUACCCAGUGUGAGGUGUUUUUCUGUACAAAGAAGCCUACAAGGUGCUGUUAAAGAAAGAUUAUCAAAAUUCGUUAAUGAUGGAAGAAUUAUGGAAACUCAAAAGAAAACUAAUAAAUAUAAAGAAGCCUUUAAAAGAAGAGAAAAGAGAAAGAAUAGACCAGAUGUUGAUAAAAGAUCACAUGCCUCCUUAAGAAAACAAAAAGCUGUACAUUAUAUCAAACAAAAUCUUGGUCAAGAUAUUGAUUUAGAUUCAAUAGGACCUGAAACAAAUGAUGAUUUGAAAUUUGUGUCCAAAGUUGACAAGAAAACGCUUUUAGUUAUUUUGGGUACCACUGAGGAACAGCUUUUAGACUCAGUUUUUGUUUCUAAUACAGCCAAAGCUUUCUUGAGAAGGGGUCAAACUGAAAAAGCAAUGCUUGUAUGUAAACUAGCUAGAGAACAGGGUAUUGUUGGAAUGAAUUUCGUCGUUGAUCAUCUUAUUAAAACUGGGUCUAUUGAUGAAGCUAUUAAUUUACAUAAUUGGAGAAAAAAAUGGGGUGUUCCACCAAAUGAACAGGGGUUAACUACUUUAUUCGAUUCAUUGUCAAAAGUUCGUGGAGAAAAUGGUACACCUGGUUUAACAAAUAUUCAGACAAAGAAAUUGAAAACAAUUUUUGAAAAAAUACCAAAUUCAUCAGGUUUUAGAACAAAUGCUACACAUGUAAAUGCUUGUUUGAAUGCAUUGAUUAACUGCAGAGAUCAAUCAGUUGCUUUUGAUUUCUAUGAACAAAUUAAAGAAGACCCUUUAUUCAAACAUUUCAAACCAAAUACUAUCACUUACACUAUUCUUUUUCAAGGUUUGUCAAGAUCGCCUAAUGAUAUUUGGUCUUCGGUAAGAGCUGAAGAUUUGAUGUUGGAAGUUAAACAAAAGUUUCCAGAAUCUAAAUUGGACUCUAUGUUAUUAUAUGCAUACUCAAGAGCUUUAACUUCAUGUGGAAGACAUUAUAUCAAACUUAGAGGUAUUAAAGUUGCUCAAGCUUGCUUUGAUAUCCCACAAACUACUCCAGAAAUUUAUUGGACAUUGAAAUUUGAUGAAGCUAAUAGAGGUAGCGGGAAAUUACAAUUUGAUCCAAUUGUACCACUGAAAACUAAAUUAGACCCAAAUGUUUUUCUUGCUGAUGAUUUAAUCAAAACAUGCUUAGAGAUUGGUAAUGAAAGAUUAGGUGUUGAACUUUAUGAAAAUUUUGCCUCGAGAUUUCCAAAUAAAGUUGACAUACACUUAACUCAUAAGUAUAUGAUUUCUUUGAAGAAAGGUAAUCGUAAAACAUCUGGUGAAAAUUUAGUUUUAUUCUAUCAAAAAUUAUUAACAGAUCAGAAAUUUUUCCAUAUUGAAACAAAUGAUGAAACUACUUUCAAAGUUCUUGACGGUAUUCAUUCACAAAUCCAUUCAACUUUACAUAGAGAGAAUUUUGAAACAAAAAAUGUUGAAAGAUGUGCACCUUUUUUCCACCUACUUGAAUCAUUCAUGACCUUAGCUAAAGACAAAAUAGGUGUCAGAGGUUAUGCUGGGUAUUUGAAAUGUACUCAUAGAUUAGUUUUGACACCAGAGGCAAAAAAAGUUGUCAGAUCACGUAUACAACAUAUAAGAAAUUACAUGGAAACUGUUGAUACUAAGAAAAUGGGAAAAGCUGGAAGAGACUUGAAAAUUGAACUGGCUAAAUCAAAAAACUUAUUCUAUUCAAGCACUUAUAAAUCAGAAUCAACACAAGAAUCUGAUAUAAAAGAUAAAACAGAUAAACAUAAAAAACCAAGACAUGAAAUGAAGAAAAGUCACAUUUAA